AUGAUGAGUCUGUUCCCCCGUGCCGGAGAGGGAUUUGACUUGAUGGAUCUGUUCUAUAGAUUGGUCAUCGACGUGACAACGGAAUUUUUGCUUGGACAGGGAAUCAACAGCUUAGAAUGCCCAAAGGGGGACUUUGUGAAUGCCUUUAAGGAGGUCCAAAGGUUUCAGAUGCUUUUCACUGCAGUCGGUCCCAUUCAGUAUUUCUAUCCUAGAUCUCCCUACCAACGUGCCAUCAAAGUAAUCGAUAACUUCGUCCUCCCUUUCGUCCGGAAAGCCUCGAACUUCCAUUUGCAUGCUAAUGUGUGA